AUGAAACUGCCCCCCCAGCACUACGCCAGCCAUAUCGGCCGCAACCUCCGCACUCUCUCGACCACCCUCCACCGUGUCAACACCGGCCUUGACACCAUCCGCGUCCGCAUCCACCUGCUUGGCUACACCGAGCUUCAUGCCCACCUCUCCAGUGGCCGAGCGCCGGAACAUAUCCAUAUCACUCCCGACAAUGCGCGGGAAAUGUACGAGGGCCUCCGUGGGACUCAAGACAUGCUCGCGAUAGACAGCAGCGACCUCAGCGCCUGCUGCGAGAGUUUAAAUGGUGUUCGCGGAGUGCUGGAAGCACUUAUUGCGCCUCGGCGGGGCCGAGAUUCUGUGGAGGGGGGUGAAGAGGAGGGGGGAAUCUCGUGGCCGGGGCUUGAAGACUCGAUUGCAGACCAUGAGAGGAUUCUCCGGAAUCAGGGGAUGAAGUAUCAGGAGCACUUGAGGAUCAUGAUGGUUACGCAAGAGGUGAUGGGCACAGGUGCAGCGACUGAGGAUGAGCUGAAGGUGGCGAGUGAGUUGUGUACGGAAUUUAUGAACCUGGCAGAGAGGUAUCUGUGGUCGUUGAAGGACUUUCGGGCCUGCUGUGAUGUGGUUGCGGAUGUGAAGAUGUGGUUGGAGGAUCUUGAAAGGUGGAGGCGGGGUUGA